CAACAAACAGCCGGAACAGCAAAGCUGGGGAACCGCGGGAGACGAUGAAGCCCGACUCGGGCAAAUUAUACAUAGAUACAAAUCCUUUUUAAACCGGAGGGGGAGGAGUCUCGGGGCCUAGACUUACCUCAGAAUCCACGGCGGCAGACUCACGCCGCCCGAACACGGGAAACCGGAAGUCGCGGUUUGAACACGUCACUUCCGCAUCACAUGACAAGAAGUAACCUCGAAGCCCGCUGUUUCGGGCUCUUCUUAAAGGGCCAUGCUUAGUCGGCGAGGCCUCGCAACGGCGGCUGUGGCUCUGGCGGCGGGGAAGCGCUUCCUGGCGAAGGCGGCGCCUGGGCUGCGGAGGGAGCGGGCGAAAGUGGGCGUGGCCUACGCCGCCAUCACGGGCAGCGUCGGCCUAUCAGCCUUUUCCUUCUUCUCCCGAGAAGCCGAGGAAGAAAACGGAGGAAGCAGGGAAGAAGGGAAGGACGAAGAGACGGAAGGAGGAGGAGGAGAGGAAGAAGAAGAUGCCAUUGUGCUCUUGCUGAAGAAAGCGAAACUCAGCAUCAUGAAGGGAGAGCUGGAGGAAGCCGAGAGGAUCCUCCACGAAGCCGCCCGCCUCUCUCACCGGUCGGACAACAAGGCGGCCAUCAUCUACACCUACGACACGAUGGCGAACCUGGCUUUCAUGAGGGGCCAAAUGGAGCAGGCGGAGAAGCUGUUCAAAGCGGCCAUGAGUCACUUGCUCUCCGGAGACACCAAGGAAGACGACAACGCCGUCGUCGAAAUGUCCCUCAAGCUGGCCAGCAUCUACGCUGCGCAGAACCAGCACAAGUUGGCGCUGGCUGGCUACGAGUUCUGCAUCCUGACCCUGGAGGAGAAAGUUGCCAAGCAGAAAGACAUGCCCAGCGAUGCUCUAACAGAGGAAGAAAGGAACGACACGCGGCUUCUCCUGGGCAUGAGCCUGGACUCUUACGCCCGCUAUCUGCUGGCUCACAGCCAGGCGGCCGUGGCUCAGAAGAUGUAUGAGCGGGCGCUGCGCAUCGCCACCGAGGUCCAAGGGGAGACACAUCCCCAGACGGUGGUCCUGAUGAACGACUUAGCGACCGCCUUGGAUGCUCAGGGGCGCUAUGAAGAUGCCUAUGCGCGGGUGAGGAAGGCGGCAGAACUGGCGCGGGAGACCGAACACCCGGAAGCCCACAUUGUGUUGAACAACUUGGCUGGGAUCCUGAUGCAUAAAGAAGAUUAUCCUCAGGCCAAAGAAGUCUACCAAGAAGCCCUGAAGCAGGCGGAGAAAAUCGGAGACGAGGCAUCGGCCCGGUACAUUCGGAAGGAGCUGGUGGAACUGGCCAAGAGGAAGAAAAGGCGCACAAAGUUGCAGAAGGAGAACAGAGAAGAGGCUGGGAGAGAGUGAGAGUCGUUUUCCUCCGCAAUGCGCAGAACGUUUUGUAUGGCGCUGCUGGUUCUUUGGUGCUAUAAGGACCCGGGGCAUUUGUUGCUUUGAAACGCAGCCGUCAGAAAAAGAGGCCAAGGCAUGGCAAGGCUCUGGAAGGCCGGGACUGGGCAUGCAAUGUGUUGCGGGAGAUAAUCUGACAUUUCAGGGACAUGGUGAUUUAAAGAGAGAAGGGGUAUACCUUGCGGAUCUCAGCACUAAAUAAAUGGCGAAGGCGUCUGGUUGCUUCAGCCACA